AUGUCAUCGACUAGUCACUCUGAGCUCGAAUUCUACGAGACAGUGUCAGCCUCUGAUGGCUGCUUCAUCCCUCCUCCCGCAUCCGAUAGCAGACACCAUCAUCUGCUGCAUUCCAACGAACUGCCAUCGCCUUUCGACAUUCCUAUCGUCGAAUCGUACAUCUCGCAGCAUGACUUGCACUUGGAACGCAUUCAAGCCGAUCUCGAAAAGAUUCGUGCCACUCUCCGGCCUCUCGAACGCGUCCAGGACCUCUUGCUCUCCACGCGCCGCCGGCACCAGGCGAUCGUCUCGCCCUUGCGACGUCUCCCCGCGGAAGUGCUCAGCGAGAUCUUCCACCACUCGCUGCCGGACACCAACGACCUCGUCCUGCGGCGGUCAUUCAACCUGCUCGACAGCCCCUGGGUCGUGACGCACGUGAGCAGGCGGUGGCGGGCGGUGGCGAUGGAGACGCGCGCAUUGUGGUCGCGCACGAUGCUGUACUACUCGCGGCAUGUGGAGGCCAGCAAGGCGUUUCCGAUGCCGAUGUUGCGGGCGCAGGUCGAGCGCGCGCAGAACCUCAAGAUCUACUUCCAUGCCAGUGCACAAGCGUGUACGAUACACCAGGCUGCGGCCCUGGAGUUCCUCGUGAGCCACUCGAACAAGUGGGUGGAGGCGAAUCUGGAGCUGAGUGCGCAGCUGGUGCCGAUGCUGGUCAAGGUCGGUGGGCGGGUGCCACUGCUCAGGAAGCUGUGGCUGCAGUGGGAUGAGAGCGGGAACGAGGGGGCGCCGGUGGAUAUGGCCAGGUGUCUUAUGGAGGCACCCUCGUUGUCGAACGUUGGUGUGCUGAACAGAUUCAUGGGCACCCCAGGCUUUCUGCCAUUGCACCAGCUCACGCACUACCAACUCGAUGCUCCGCUUGAAGUCCACCACGCGAUACUGAGCUAUGCCAGCCGGCUCAUUGAGGCGCACAUCGUUGUCGUGCAUGUAGAGGACGACGAAUCCCUGAUUCCGUCGACGCCGAUUGUUGUGCACACCCUGGAGCGAAUGUGCAUCACGAAUCCGACGCUACUCUCCUUCGUCAACCUUCCAGCCCUCAAAGAACUGACGGUGUCCUUCGAGCUUGAACCUGAAAGCGGGUUUUUGUCGCGGGCUGUGUCUGAUCUAGUUGUGCGCUCGUCGUGCUUCAUACGAAGACUUUGCUUUGAUGGUCACGUCAAUGAGACUCGGACGAUUGAAGUCCUGGCGUGCUUACCUUCCGUUACUGAACUCGGAUUCAUCAUCGACGACGAUGGCGCUCUCGCGCUGAACAAGUUUCUCCACGCGCUUGCAGCGAACGAGCCGGAAAUUGCACCCCAGCUGCGGCACGUCUUCAUCGGCUGUGACAAAGAGAGUUUCUUUGACUACAAGCUGUUCUUCCAACUUAUCCGCGCGCGGUGGCGGAAUGGUCUGGGGAUGCUCGAAAGUGCUCUCGUGGCGGUCCAUCACGGGCCGCCGCCAGCUCUGGCUGAUGUGGAGGAGCUGAAACGGGGAGGGUUCGGCCUUGCCGUAGUGCAGCAAGAGGAAGCAGGCCAGUUGAUGGAUCGGUGGAUCUACCACCAGUGGUUGUGGAUUUAG